AUGCCUCACCAUGAGACAUCCUCACUCAAGUCAUAUUUCGACGAGAUCGCCGAGACCAACGGUGACAAUGAGUGUAGAGCUUGGUUGAACAGGCUUUUCGACAAUAAGGCAGAAAUAGCAGAUUGCGUUUCUCAUCUCCUAGAACGCGGACCCGGAACGUAUGUUGGUUUCCUCAAGGGUUCUUUCAACUUUAGCUUCCGAAUCCGCUUCAGGGAAGGCUUCCCAGACGCUCUUAUUCGGUUCCCCAAACCGGGACACACAGCUACAGCGUUAAGGGACGAAAAGGUCGAGAACGAGGUCCGGACCAUGGACUACCUCCGCCAACACACCACUAUUCCUCUCCCUGCAGUGCAUGAGUGGGGUACGACAGCGACGGCAACAACAAAGACAGCAGCGAAGAACUUACUCCGAUUUGGGCCAUUUAUCAUCAUGGAUUAUGUUGAGGGAACGCUUCUAUCAACUAUCCUAAAGCAACCGGAUCAAGAAGACAUGAUUCUCAACCCAAACUUCGACAAGACAAUUUUGGACAAGAUAUAUCGUCAAAUUGCGGAUUACAUGCUUCAAUUUUCUCAACUUCGGUUCACCCGCAUUGGAGCCAUAUCCAAGGACGACCACGCGAAUUGGUAUAUCAGAAGACCCCUAACGUAUAAUAUGAAUGAGUUGGCGACUGUCGCGUUCUACCCUGGCGAUCGAUUUCCUACUGCGCCUAUGGACAGCGCAAGCGAUUACUUCAGCUUAGUCGCGAACGAGCAUCUGAACCACCUUUGGACCCAGCGCAACCUUGCUGAUAACCAAGAAAUCGCUCAGAAGCGAUUUAUUGCCCGUCAUCAGUUCGCACAGCUGAUUCCAAAGUAUUGUAUCCAUGAUACUGGUCCAUUCAUACCUUUCUGCGAUGAUUUGCGACCAGGGAAUAUGCUCGUAAAUCCAGAAACCCUGCAAAUUACAGUCGUGUUUGAUUUUGAGUUUACCAAUUCUAUGCCGGCCCAGUUCGCGUACGACCCACCUUGGUGGCUUCUAUUAUCUGGACUGGAAACUUGGCUUGAUCGUUGCGCUUUACAGGAAUUCUUAGCCCUAUAUGAGCCUAGAAUGGAGCAAUUCCUACGAACGUUAGAGCAUGUAGAAGCGGAGUCAUUAAUUCGGCAACCUAGUGCGCCACCUCUUUCUGCCCGGAUGCGUGACUCGUGGCGGACUCGGCGUUUCUGGUUCAAUUACGCUGCAAGGAAGAGCUUUGAGGUGGAUUCCAUCUAUUGGGCUACCCUACAUGAUGACAGCGCUACCGUGCUUGAUGCCCAGGCGUGUGCAGAGAUGGAGUCACUUACCCAGAGGAAGAUGGAUCAACUAAAGGCAUAUAAAGAGGAGUGUUCUGCUCGUUUUUCUUAA